AUGAAGGGUACCAUAAUAACAUUUUGCCUGAUUGGGGCAAUUUUUGCCAACCCAAUUUCAUUUAAUACCAAUUUUGAAUCAAGUGAGCUUGAUGCAAACACGACUGAAAGUAUGUCUAUUUCACAAUCAUCUGAAAAUGACACCUCAGAGAUUCAGAGCUCUGAAGAAAAUAUGUCUAGUGAAAGUUCAGAGUCUGAAUCACUAGAAUCCACCGAGUCACCAGAGUCCACAUCAGAGGACAAAACUUCUGAGGAGAGCAACAGUCAGUCAGAUGAAACAAACUCUAUGGAUGAAACCAGGGAUAACAGCUUGGGCAGUGAGGAGAAUGUUCGUAAGAGUUGGGUUCAAGUGUUUGCAAGUGUCAUCAAAGUCCUGAGUGCAGAGGACAACAGCACAGAGGUCAAAAGUCAGUCAGAAGAGAAUCAACUGGUGGACAACCACAGUGACAGCAGUGACACUACCAGUGACAGUGCAGACACCAGUAAUAUUAAUAGUGUCACGACUGCCACCAGUGACAGCAGUGAAAGUACCAGCAUUGAGAGCAACGAGACCAGUGAGGCCAGUGACAGCAGUGAUGCCAGCAAGAGCACAGAGGAGAGUAACGACAGCGACAGCACCGAGCUGAAACACGUCAAAGCCCAAGACUGUGUGAAUGGAACUCAGAGCUGUGAAAGUGAUGAGUAUUUCUUCCAGGAUAUAGGAGAUGAUGCCCAUUACUCAGUCGACAAUCUAAUGAUGCCAGAUGAGGAUGACCGAGAGUUCAGCCUCAGGAGAUGA